AUGGAGUAUGGCUCUUUGUCUGCAGAUGGAAAACAAGAUGAAGAUUCUAGACUGCCUGAUAAUCCUGACAACCCUUAUGGCUUCUCGAAGUUCCCAAUGGGAUUCAAUGUGGAUGUGAUUGCAUCAGCCAGAGGGCAACAGACUUAUAAGAUGAACAAGAAUAGUCGGUACUAUGACAUGAGCUUGUCGACCAAAUUGGCGAGACUUGGCCAUGCAGCAUUCUUGUUUAUGUCAAAUGUUCGAGAUCGAGUUAGUUAUAUUUACCCGACUGUAAAUGCAGCAGGAGCAGGGUUGCUUCUGUCUGAAACUUUUACUGCAGAGAGUAUGAAUCUUUCAGAAGAGACUACAGCAUCGCCGAGGACAAAGGUUUCCCCACUGAGCGUCAAUUUCAAGGAAGCUGAAGGAGGUUGCAGCAGAAAAAGUAAAGAAUGUAGGUGUAGAGAAAGGACAAAAGAAAAACAGAACAAUGCAAUUUACAACGAAAUGGUGCUUUGGAAUUCUGAUGUUCACGCACUCAAUCAUCUUCUUCAGUUGGCUGCUCUCAACAAUGAUUCAACUGGGGUGAAAGCUACAAAUACAGCAGCUAUUCAGCUUGCAACCGCGCGCCAAAAGCCAAGCAUUGCAUCCUUCAGCUCUAAGCAGAAGGGAAGACUAUUUAUUCUCAAUGCAGAACAUAAGAAGUGCACAAUUGUUUCAUCGAAGACAGGAAUGUUAGCAGAUAUUGAAUUCCACAAUGCCAUAUAUGCAAUGCAAAUCUUAACUGAACUUCUAGCUCCAGCCUGA